GGCCAGCCUGGGAGAGGUCAAAUCCUGUCUCAAGGAAAAGAGAAGGAUGGAGAGAGGGAAGGGAACCGCCAGCAGAGGCCCUGACCAGCAUGCCAGAUCCCUUUCCCCACAGUCUGCACUGCGGGCUACUGCUUCCUAAAAUGAGACUCUGGGGACUUCUGCCAUUCCUGGUCCCCUUCAUCCUCCUGUGGAGCAUCCAGGAACCUGCGCUGGCAGAGGGGGUCUUUAUAAGAACAUGUCCAAAGUAUAAUAAAAUAAAGUGUGACUUUGAAGAAAGAAACCAGUGUUUACGACACAGAGAGUGUCCAGGGGAGGAAAGGUGCUGCCUGUUCGCCUGUGGGAGGAAAUGCCUGGACCUCAGCGAAGAUAUAUGCAGUCUGCCCCAGGAUGCUGGUCCCUGCUUGGCCUACCUUCCACGCUGGUGGUAUAACCAAGACACCAAGCUUUGUAUCGAAUUCAUCUAUGGUGGUUGCCAAGGGAACCCUAACAACUUCGAAUCUAAAGCUGUCUGUACAUCCAUUUGCAUAAACAAACGCAAAAUGUCUUCCUGGAUAUGAUAAGGAGGAGCUGGAGGAAGCUCCAGGUCUUGGCUCCUAAUCUGAGGCCUUCUUCCCGGGAACCGACGCCUGCUCCGGAUUGGCCGCCAGUGGCCAAGUCUUAGCCACUGAGACUUUAGCUGUUCCCAAACCAGAACCCUAGACUUUGCUUAUUCCCUUCCCCCAACCCCAGCUUCUCUUCAAGUGUCAUGACCUUCGACCUUUGACCCCCUCCUCAGCCUGGGACUCUCAUCACCUCAACUUUCAGGGCUCCGAUUUGUUCCUAUGAAAUCUGGUUCCUCCUAAUAAAGGAUUCUGUGAGUUCUGA